GCUCACUGUCGGCCAACAUGCACACACUCGGGCUCCCAUUCCUGCUGCUCUGGCUUACCUGGGGCCACUCCUGCGCUCUCGGAGGAAAAGUCAACAAGCACAAGCCGUGGAUAGAGACUUCCUACCAUGGUGUGAUCACAGAGAACAUGGACACGGUGCUGCUGGACCCUCCACUGGUGGCCCUAGACAAGGACGCCCCGGUUCCCUACGCUGGGGAGAUUUGUGCCUUUAAGAUCUACGGUCAGGAUGCUCCAUUUGAGGCUGUGGUGUUGAACCGCACAUCAGGAGAAGGAGUCCUGAGGGCCAGCAGCCCUGUGGACUGUGAGAGCCAGAAAGAGUACACAUUUAUUAUCCAGGCCUACGACUGUGGAGCCGGGCCCAGUGGGGCGGACUGGAAGAAAUCCCACAAGGCGGUGGUUCAUAUCCAGGUGGAUGACGUCAAUGAGUUCUGCCCCGUGUUUCGGGAGUCGCUGUACAAGGCCUCAGUAACAGAAGGGAAAAUCUAUGACAGCAUUUUACAGGUGGAAGCCUGGGACCAGGACUGCUCACCACAGUACAGUCAGAUCUGCAACUACGAAAUCGUCACUUCAGGGACGCCGUUUGCCAUAGAUCGCAACGGUAACAUCAGAAACACAGAGAGGCUGAGCUAUGACAAACAGCAGAGCUACAAGAUUAUGGUGACUGCCUUCGACUGUGGUCAGAAGAGAGCGAAGGAGGAUGUGGCCGUCCAUAUUGAAGUCAAGCCUGUCUGCAAGCCUGGGUGGCAAGGUUGGAACAAGCGGGUGGACUAUGAGCCAGGAACUGGGAGCAAGCAGCUCUUUCCCAAGAUGCAUUUGGAAACGUGCGGUGGUCCGUUGUCUGGGGUGAAGGCCAUGGUCGAGCUGCAGACGAACCACAUCGGGAAAGGCUGCGAUCGGGAGACGUACUCCGAAAAGUCUCUGCAAAAGCUCUGUGGUGCAGCAUCAGGCAGUACCGACCUCCUUCCUGCCCCCAGCCUUUCCACAAACUGGACAGUGUCUCUGCUGACUGACAGUGGCAGAGACAGUGACCUUAUCUACAAAUUUGAUGGACGUCAGGCCGCCAAUGUCCCAGAUCACGUGGUGCCCCAGAACCUGACGGACCAGUUCACCGUAGCAACGUGGAUGAAACACGGGCCGAGUCCAGGGCUCAGAGCUGAGAAGGAAACCUUACUGUGCAACUCUGACAAGACAGAGAUGAACCGCCACCAUUACUCCCUGUAUGUUCACAACUGCCGCCUGGUGUUCCUGCUCAGGAGAGAUUUCACUCAGGUCGACACUUUUAGACCUGCCGAGUUCCACUGGAAACUGGAGCAGAUCUGCGACAAGGAAUGGCACUAUUAUGUAAUCAACGUGGAAUUUCCUGCAGUGACACUGUUUGUGGACGGUGUGACCUAUGAACCCUAUCUGGUGACAGACGACUGGCCGAUCCAUACCUCGAAGAUUGAUACGCAGCUGACCGUGGGCGCCUGCUGGCAAGGUGGUGAGGUAGCGACCCCGAGGUUCACUCAGUAUUUCCAUGGCAGCCUGUCAGGUCUGACAAUCCGACCAGGACGCAUUGAAACGCAGAAGGUUAUCUCCUGUUUGCAGGCCUGCAAAGAAGGCCUUGAUAUUAACUCCCUUGAAAGCCUCGCGAAGGACAUAAAGUUUCAUUUCAACCCAGCUCAGUCUGUGCUGGUGGUGGAGGGAGAGGAUGUGGACAGCAUCAACACGGCCAUGACCAAGGUCUCCUACAUCAACUCUCGCCAGUUCCCCACGGCGGGCCUCCGACGGCUUCACAUCACCACUACAGUACAGUGUUUCGGCGAGGACACGUGCCUCUCCAUCCCAGACAUCAAGGCAGUAGUUAUGGUGCUGCCGCCCAGUGAACCGAGAAUCACCAUUAUAGGAUCUAAUCGACUCGUCAGGCCUGCCGGUGACCUCCGGGGCCCGCUGGGUGUGGCUCCCUUCAAAGAGCUUCACAUCACCAGCACAGUAAUGAAGGGAGACAGCUUCGGAGGAUACCGCAGACCUGGUGUGAUGGAGGUGAUGCACAACCUGGACUACUGUGAUGUGCUGGUAAUUGGGGAGGAGCUCAGUCCUGACAGAGAGAGUCUGGAGAUCCAUCACAGUGCUCUGCUGGGAAAACACCUUGAUGCCACUAACUCCACCUCUGGAAUAUCAAUAUAUGGUGUGGACUCCAUGGCCCACUAUGAGCAGGCACUGAGACAGGUGCGCUACAGGAACUGGCGACCUGCCACUCUGAGUGAGAGGAGGUUCAGGCUCACCUGCUCCGAACUCAACGGACGUUACACCAGCAACGAGUUCAAUCUGGAGGUCAGUGUUCUUCACCACUCAGCGCCUGUGGAGCACGUCAAUCAUAUGGCUGCCCAGCCCCAGUACAUGAGGCCCGUCCAUCACCCGCUCAUGAUACAUACUCUGAACUCCCACAUGUCAGGACCAGCACCUCCUGCAGCCACAGUCGUCAUCGUGGUUUGUAUUGCCGCCCUGGUCGUGAUUGUGGUGAUCGGCGUCUACAGGAUUCACGCCACACAUCAGGAAGGCUCCAGAGAGGAGGAGGAGGAGGUCAAAGAUCCAGAGGUGGACUGGGACAACUCUGCUCUCACCAUCACUGUCAACCCCAUGGAGAACAUUAGAGGACCGCAGAAGGAAGUAAGAGAUGAAGAACGCGAAGAGGUGGAAGGAAAGGAGGACGAGCUGGUGGAAGGAGUGACGAGCGCUGAGUCAGACAACAGCGAUGAGGAGGAAGAGGAGGAAGACGACGAAGGGCGAAAAGAGAUGAAAGAGAGGAAGCAGAAGGGAAAACUUGAGUGGGACAGUUCCUCUGUAACAUACUGACCACACACACAGACAUGAACAUCUACACUGACGCUCUCUCUCUCUCUCUGUGUUCACCUCUUUCUGUCUCUUUCUCUAUCGACAACACAAACACGUACACAAACACACUCACACUUCAUGCUCAGUACAAGUACACAGGAAUAAAAUCUCUUAUGAAAUAAUUUACAAUCUGUUGCUGGAAAAACACUUUCGAUCUUUCCGUGGUGUCAUUUUUGAUGAAAUAUCUCCCUCUGCUGGACACAGUCAGACACACAGUGAAUCAGCUGCAGUCCCACAGAGCUGGAAAAACAUUGUCUGUGUGUACAUUAUUAUUAUUCACAUCACAGUCAGUGAAGCAGAGCAAAAUAUAUCAAACAAGCACAGUCAUCUCAUAAUGUGUGCAGACCUCAGGAUCUAGAGGUUUGCUGAUAAAAUUAAAUUCCCAAACCAUAAAGCAUAUCAUAAAUAUGGAGAUCCCAAAAAAAAAGGUUAAAUUGACCAACAUUUAAUACAUGUCCUUACAUUACUUUGGUAUUGUUUAUUUUAUAGACAGAUUGUUUGCAAAAUGUUAAGUUAUUAACUGUUUUAACCGCAAGAUGAUGAUGAAUUGAACUGAUGUAUUCAUAUACAUACCAACUAUCUAAUGUAUCCAUAAACUUUAAAAAUAUGAUUCCCAUGACCUAAAUAGUAGGUAUGACGUAGCUGUACUGUCACUCCGUUCUCAUCUUUGUCUCAAACCAGACACCUCUCUGUUCUUUGACGUCUGUGUGCUGAGUUUCUCCUAACGCAUCACAGUUCUGUGGUUCUGUGGCCUGGACACUAAAGAGAAACGUGAUCUCUCACCAUAAACAUUCCACAUCUCUCCUGGUUUACAUACAGUACAGAGCGGAUUUAUUAAAUGUUGAAUAUCGUCUACCUUUGGUUUCUCAAACGUAUUUUAAAUCUAAAAAAUGGUCACUUUCCUUCAGUCUUGAAUGGAAAAAGCGGAUUGUAGUUAAAAUACAGUUUGAAACAACAGAGCCGAUGGCUCUUUGUUUGCAUUUAUCUGUGUGUCAUAUCUAUCCAUACUGUGGCCUAAUGUAGCUUUUGCUGUUUAGGGUUAGAUCACUUAUCUUUCUUUUAUCAGCAGAUGAAAAGAUACGGAGAUGUUACUGUAUUCGACUGAGACCCUGUGUUUUGUUUUUCCUUUUGAUAUAUCUAUAGUGAAGGGAGCCCUCUAUGCAAUUAUGGGCCCAGUAUAACAGACCAGUACACAGAAACAGGGGCACUCCACUGAUUUAGACUGUGUGUAUUUAAAGGACUGAAGAGAGACACAUUUACACUCUGGUGAAACACAGGCCGGCAUAUUCUGAGUUUAGUGCAGACUGUCGGUCAUUUUCCAGAAAUGCCAUCUGCCAGCUUAGUAGCAUCUUGGACCUGCAGAGCACCUGCCUGUUUCACAAAACAACGGCUUAGAACAAGCUAGAAAAAUAAUCAGACUUCAGUUUGACACAUCUGUUGCAGAAAGCUCACUUGUUCUUGACCCUUGUAUGUAAUUAACUGUGAAUUCUGGGUUAAGACUUUCUUUUAAACUUAAUCCAUUUGUUUUCUACCUCUUCCUAUCCGGGCUGUAGGGGCAGCAGCCUCAGGAGAGCUUUCCAGACCUUGGUCUCCUUUUUCAGCUUUUCUGGGGCAUUCCAAGGCGUUCCCGUGCCAGCCUAGACACAUAAUCUCUCCAGUGUCUCCUGGUUCUGCCCCAGGGUCUCCUCCUCACAUGGGGGAAGCCUGAACCGCCUCAACUGGCUCUUUCUGAGGUACUUAGGGCAUCUGUCUAAGAUACUUUUCAGACCCUUCCCAUGUGAGGUGGAUUCUGCAGUUUUAGCCUUGGGGGGACCUUGGCGGUCCAAACCACGGCUGCCAAAAUUGUCUUUAGGGGCUUUUUCAAACUCAAAAACAGCAAAAAUGUUUGACUGCUAGAAGGAUUCAACAGCAGCAAAGAGAUAAAGAGCAACAAAAAAUAGGUCAUAUAAGAUCUUAGUGUGUUUUGUUUCGUGUCACAUGUCAGCAGGUGAGCGAAACCAGGUCUCCAGCUGUCUUUAAGCAGAACGCCUCCAGUUUGUUGCAGACUCUGUCGAAGCAAGAAUAAAACCCACAGGUGACAUUAACUCCUUUUACUGACUGAGUUCUGGAUGUAGAGGAAAGUGAUGGUGUGUAAAUUGUUGGAGUGCCCCUUUAAAGUCAGGUUAAAGCCCCACAGAGCAACUUCAGUGAGUGUUGGAGCGAAGAAGCAGAGCGAUUGUUUGUUUUCACGUCUCUUAUCAAGUCCACAUUCCCUCACAGCUUCACCACAACUACAGCUUGUACCGUCGCUACUACAGAUUACAACUUUCUCACACAUAACUGAAUUCCAAGAGUUCGUCUAGUCGUUCAGACGAGCUGAAACGAACCCCGACAUUCCCAUUUCUAUGUGUGGACGAUGACUCCUCCUCCCUCUGAGCUCUCUAACUGUCACCUGUCCCUCCCUCUGUUGGCCUUUAAGCACCUGUGAUAGUGAUGUCAUCAUUGUGAAACAACUGCCUUGUUUCCUUCGUCCCACUUUUGUCAUAUUAUGCUUCUGAAAGAUUAAAGAGAAAAAAAAAAAUGAUUCUUUUACAUAUAAAAACAAACCCUGUAAAAAUGUUCGAGACAGUUAUUUUAUAUAUCGGUUUGGUUUUCUUUUUGUAAACAAAAUGGUUGGGAUUUCUCUCUCUUUAGUGGUCAUCCCACUGCUUUCUGUAUAUUGACCAAUAAAAACUUGUUUUAGACUCUA